UGCAAUAGGCUUGUAUAUGUUGCGAACGUAUUAUUGAAUAUGCAGCGAUUAGAGAAGGAAAUUUUGGGCUGUUUAUCGACUAAAUUUAAUGAAUUUUAGUACUCGCAGAAGCUAGCUAGCCAAAUACAAUAAAAGAGAGCUUCUGUCUCAAAAUUUGAACUGUGUCGUUAUGAAUUAUCAAGUAAUGUUAUUUAAAACUUUCACGCAACCCGUCUCUUUUCGUUGUUUUAAGCCCUGGAGCUGGAAUCGACUCUGGCAGAGGAGAGGCUUCCCUUUUACUUUUAGUGAAAGAAGGUCGGGCUUACGUCUUUACGCAUUUAAGACUAAUUAUAGGAUUACAUUUUCAGUAGUAAAGAAGACUUCACAUCAUGAUAGCUCCGGAUUAAGUAUUAAAGAAUUGACAGAGAUAUUGUUUCCAGGAUGUUGCAAAGUAAUAUUGUCUGCUAAUCCUACUAGUGGAUAUCAGUAUCAAUAUUAUCACAGUCUGCACAGAAAGAUAGAAAUCCCUAAGUCUAAUCCUGUAUUAUACUUGCCCAAAAAAGUGUGUUUAUCAGGAAAUUUCCUUUUCCUAUAUUCAAAUUUGAGUUGUAGAUGGAAAAAAAAAUUGUGGAAACUUUUCAGCUUCUCAACAGUGGGCAUUGUAUUUGUAGUGUUACUUUCAUUGGGAGUUACUGAAGUGUAUUGUGAGAGUAAACAACAUAACUCUUCCAAAAUCGCUGAUACAAGACUGUUAGCAGCUGCACAACUAGGGCAAAGUGAGGAAGUAAGAAGGUUGAUUAGCCAGGGUGCAGACAUUAAUAGGCAUCACCCUCUUGGCUGGACACCCUUGCAUGUAGCAGCAGUAAAUGGACAUUCAAAAACUGUAAAGGUAUUGCUUGAGGCUGGAGCAGAUCCAAAUAUUGGGGAUGAAUUUUCUAGUGUUUAUCGAACAGCAAAGGAGAAGCAGGUACAUUUCAUGGAAGGUUUGUAUCAGCUGCAAAUUAGUUUUAACAAAAGUGUACU